GCUGGGCGCCUGACCGUUACGGAUUUCUUGGAGGAGAAAAUACACACAUGUCAUCGGGUCUCACCUGUAGAGCGGUUAUUUUUGUCCGCCACACACUAAUAGUACAAGAUUUUCGAUGACAUGAAUGAAACAGUGGAUUUACUUGAAGAUAAAAAUGUUCUGACGCUCUUAGCUAGCAAAAGUGACUGUUAAGUUAAAGAAGAGAGUGUUCGUUGCAUUGAAUAAUAUCUUGUAAAAUUACUGGCACCACGAGUUUGUGAAUACAAAUAUUUACUACACCCCUUAGUAUCAGGGGUUUCUUUGUUCCUUCAGUUUAAGGUAAACGUUUUGGAGUGUUUUAAGGAAAAAUGAAGCAUUUACGCUUAUUAUUGUGCCUUUUAAUGGCAUUAAUUUGUCAGAGCGAAGCGAAUACAAUGUUUGGAUGGAUGUGGGGCAAGUCCAACGAAGAAAGCACUGUUCUGGUGGCCGAUGGAGUGCCAUUAGUUUCAAUUCCAUAUGAAUCCAUGACAGAAGAUGAGAAGUUCCUCCAAGAAGCAGCUAAAUUCACUGAAAUUCAAGUGUCAUCUCCCUUGGAGACUUGCCAACACAAAGUUGUCAUGAAGAUUAGAACUUCCUGCUCCGAAAUGAGCGAGGAGCAGCUUGCCAAAUUCAGUGUCAAUCUCUUGAACUGCCAGGCUGCUGUGGAAGGCAGGAAAAUGUUUCCUUGUACUGAGGAUAUGUCUCUGAAACAAUGUACAACAGACAUGGAUCCAGACAUGUGGAAUGCAUAUCACUUAAUGAGCAAUAGAGCAAGAGCAGUUUGUUACGCGGCUCGCGGUACUCAGUUUCGUGCUCUCACCGAAUUGACUGUUAAUAAACUGAUGCAAACCGCGCACACGCAAAUUAAGACGUUGAGUUCUUUGAAGGAAGGCCAAGAUCGUUUGGAGGAGCAAACGGUGGAAGCUUUGUCUUCCAUAACAGAAGGGAACAAGGCACUGUUAGAACAACAAAAGCAUUUGAAAGACGCACAAGUAACAGCUCAGCAACUAGUAACAUCAAAUUUGAGAGAACUAAGCAACGAAAAAGCGUUGAUCAGACUAGGUCACUCUCAGUUAGCAGCCAUGGCCGAGGACAUAAAGAAAAAAUUAGAACAGGCCAGUCUUAGCAUAAGCCAGCACGCUUUGGAGCACAGUGAGAACCAUAAGGAGAUACUUGUGGAUCUGGUGAACAUCCAAGAGCAAGCUCAAUUAAUCUGGGAUAAGAUAGAAUUCAGUACCAAUCGGAUAUUCGAGCAGCACGAAGAAGCAAUUGUCCAGUACGAAAACACUCUAGAAAAGCUGGCCCAGAUUAACGAUACAAUCCAUUUCCUGUGGAACAUAACAAACACCAUGAGAGCAGAAGUGGACGAGAAGCUCAAUUGGCUGACCAACUACAUCGGCGACACCGGCGAACAUAUGCAUAAAAUGUAUCGCACAGGUUUGCACGUGGUCUACUUACUCUGUGCCAUGGUGAUCGCUGCGUUUCUCCAUGCCCCAUUACUAACCAGGAUCACUAUAAUGGGCCUGGUGCCACUGAACUUGGCAUCGUACUUGAAGCACGGCAUGGACGCUUGCUUGGACUUCACAUCUAUGACCGUGCUGAUAUUCUUGAUCACAGCAAUGCACUUCCUGAUGACCGGGAUCCAACGACUCUGUGGGCCAAAGGCAAGCACAGUGCGAUCAGAUCCAGUACAAGUGAUCAAGCAAAAUGGCGCAGCGCAGGACUACGUGUCAUCUUCUUGCGCGAACCUGAAGUCCCCUAGGAUGCCAACCUCGUCGUUGCUCAGUAGACUGAAGAGAAGCAUCAACUACUUAUAUAAAGCCGUUCACAAUCAAACCAACCAUUGUAUUCAGAAAUGCAGUUCCCUGAUCCAGCAUGCAGCCUCCUGGAGCCGGCAGAGCUUUACGCAGCGCGAAGAGCUCUCCUGCUCCUACAUACCGUCUAAGAAGUCCCGGGAGGAUCUAAUCUACCAGCAUGAUCACCCUAGCAUGAUAUCGGACGACGGCACCGACUUCGAGCACUCGAAUGUGGCUAACGAGAAAGACGAUAGCGUUAGCGAGCUUGAUCACCUGGUGGACGCUAACGAGCUGAGGCGACGAUUGAUGAGAAUCGAAGGAUCUGUGGCAAGGUCCUCUUAUCAGAACCAGCACUCGCCUUCUAGAAGCAUAAGCCCAAUGCGCGCGCCCAGGAGUCUGUGCAACGGGUUGACCAGAAGCGGAAGGAAAUGUCGCCUGAUGGCUAGCAGCGGAAACUAUUUCUGCUCGAGGCACUCCACCGGUACCUCCAUAUUGGGAGACUGAGAAAUGAGCUGUUUGAGCCAUCCUGUAACGAAUUUUUCACGGCAAAUGUAAUUUGUGAUAAGGGACGAAAAGACAGUAAUUUUUUAAACUGCGACACCAAUUUGUAAAUAUUUUGUUAACAUUUUACCGUGUAACUGAUAUCGAACGGGUUAAAGGGAAACCCGGAUCAGGCGUAGUUGUAAUUUAUUUUUGUAAAACCUCGCGUUUUAAGAUCGAGUAAAGACAUCAGAAUCGAAUGUA